AUGGACUCCAUCUUGGAGCAGCAGCGGCUGCAUCAUGAGGAAAUCGAGCGUCUUGUGCGUGGUGCCAGUGAUUUGGGCAACCUGAACUUUCCCACGCAGCGCCUCUCUGUUAAUGCACAGCACCACACGCGUGCCAUGCUUGAGCGGGCAAGCGAGUGUGCAAGCAAGCUGCUGGCAGCCUACGACGAUGCUGAUGGCUUGCGCUCGGCAGAACUGGCCCUGAUGAGCGGGGCGCCGACCGAGUCUUUCUACAACAAGCUUAGCGCCAUAAAGGCUUUUCACACAAAGUAUCCCAACGAGAUUGCCCGUCCAAUGGACAUUGACCUCAUUCCCGAAGGGCUGAGCGAAAUGGCCAAAAAGGCCAGCGUGGCCACCAAUGGCUCUUUUUCCGGCGAGGAGGGCUACGGCAAAUAUCUGGAUCUCGUGGCGCUGCAUGAAGCCUACAUCAACCUGAACAUGGGCGAACGCAUCGAGUACACCCAGUACCUGCAGAUGUUUGACCAACUUUAUGAGCUCGACAACAAGAAGAAGGGCAGCAACGCCUACAAGCGCUAUGUGGAUGACUUGUUGAGUUAUUUGCAAGACUUUUUCGAACGAGCCUUCCCUCUUCGGAACUAUGCCGAGGUAAGUGGGAGGGCGGCUUGGGCCCUCACCGAUUUUGAGCAGAAGUGGGCGCAAGGAGAGUUUGUGGGCUGGCAAGGGUAUCAGGCGCCCUCAGCCGUUCCCGUGGCGGCUUUAGAUUUGAGCCCAUAUGCUAGUGUUGAAGCCCUCGAGGCCGUGGACCCCGAGCGUGUCAAGGCUGGUCUGAUGGCACUGGGCCUCAAGGCAGGCGGCACACCUCGUCAACGGGCGGAGCGCUUGUUUGCUACCAAGGGCAAGCGCCUGGAGGAUCUGGACAAGUCUUUCUUUGCCAAGAAGAAGAAGGGCGAGAAUGCCGAUUCCGCCACGGCCGGCACGACGCGCUCCGGUGACAAAGCCAAGGAGGUGGCCAAGAUGGAAGCGGAAAUCUACCGUCUUUGCGAGUUGCUGGAAGACGUGCGCAGUGCAACCCUCGAGAACGUGCAGCGUAAGCAAGCGCGAACUGCCGACGAGAUUGAGGAAGAGGACGAUGACAUUGUUGUGUUGGAGGAUGAGGAGGAGGACGACGAGGACAUUCCUUCAGCUCAGCGCACCAACGUGGUCAUGGAUUGGGAGGGCAAGCCCAUUCCAUACUGGUUGUAUCGCCUGCACGGCCUGAGUAAGGUGUACAUUUGUGAGAUUUGUGGCAACGAGCCAUAUCGCGGUCCCAAGGCCUUCCAGCAACACUUUUCCGAAUGGCGCCACGCGCACGGUAUGCGUUGCCUGGGCAUUCCCAACUCGAAGCAUUUUAUCAACAUUACCAAGAUUCAGGAUGCCAAGAACCUCUACGAGCGUUUGAAGAGCAACAAGGAUACCUCCUUCUUCGACAAGGACGAGGAGGAGUUUGAGGACAGCAUGGGAAAUGUUGUCACCAAAAAAGUCUACGAAGAUCUUGCCCGUCAGGGACUGCUCUAGUGCGUUCGCCACCGGUCGGACGCAUGCGGGCUCCUCGUGUCUUGCCUUCCUCGUUUGGUGUUGUUGUCUUGAAAAGGAAUCAAAAAUUCAAACGUCAGCAAAAAG